UAAUAUAAAAAGCAUAAGCCUCGACAACUCAACUAUCGGACUGCUUAGUCAGGUACCCAUUAACUCAGCGCAAACUGAGCCAGCUCAGGAACAAAACGACCGGGCCAGUGUCUCCCACCAAUAGAAAAUCACCACGCGUCAGUCGGCAAAACGGUAGAACAGAGAGGAUCAGGCAAAGAAAAAUAGACAAGUGCAGAAGGAUGCAGAGGAUAUCGGCAGCAAGGUCUUUAUGUGGCAAAAUUUUGAGAAAAGAAAGACAACGCGCUUUCUUUUCCUCAACCUCCUUGCUCUUCGACGACACUCAGUUACAGUUUAAGGAAAGUGUUAGGCAAUUUGCACAAGAAAAUAUUGCUCCUCAUGCUUCCAAAAUAGACCAAUCUAAUUCCUUCCCCAAGGAGGUUAAUUUAUGGAAACUCAUGGGAGAUUUUAAUCUCCAUGGAAUAACUGCCCCAGAGGAAUAUGGGGGACUUGGUCUUGGUUACUUGUAUCAUUGCAUAGCAUUGGAAGAAAUAAGCCGAGCUUCGGGCUCUGUUGGUCUUUCCUUUGGUGCUCAUUCUAAUCUAUGCAUCAAUCAGUUGGUGAGGAAUGGAAGCCCUGCACAGAAAGAGAUGUACCUGCCGAAGCUCAUCAGUGGAGAGCAUGUAGGCGCUCUUGCAAUGAGUGAACCCAAUUCUGGCUCUGAUGUUGUUAGCAUGAAGUGCAAAGCCGAUCGAGUUGGUGGGGGCUAUGUUCUCAAUGGGAACAAGAUGUGGUGCACUAAUGGUCCAGUUGCUCAAACAUUGGUUGUUUAUGCAAAAACAGAUGUCACAGCUGGCUCAAAAGGAAUCACAGCAUUUAUUAUUGAGAAGGGAAUGCCUGGAUUCAGUACUGCUCAGAAAUUAGACAAACUUGGGAUGCGAGGAAGUGAUACAUGUGAGCUUGUCUUUCAGAAUUGCUUUGUUCCAGAAGAAAAUGUUCUUGGAAAAGAAGGAAAAGGGGUUUAUGUAUUAAUGUCAGGACUAGAUUUGGAGAGACUUGUUUUGGCGGCUGGGCCCCUUGGUAUAAUGCAGGCAUGUCUUGAUGUUGUUCUUCCUUACAUACGAGAAAGGGCGCAGUUUGGCCGCCCCAUUGGGGAAUUUCAGUUUAUACAGGGUAAAGUUGCUGACAUGUAUACGUCUCUACAAUCAUCAAGGUCCUACGUGUAUUCUGUUGCAAGGGACUGCGACAAUGGAAGAGUUGACCCUAAGGACUGCGCUGGAGUUAUACUUUGGGCAGCUGAAAGAGCCACUCAAGUUGCUUUGCAGGUAUAUAAGCAUGUGAACUUUGACAAGACUGAAGAGUGGUUGCAGUUUGCCUCUUCAGCUCUCCAUUCAUGUAUCAUAGAGCACAUGAGUAUCCAGUCAAUUGGUAUUUUGCUAAUUCAGCCUAGACCUUUUUCACAUCUUGCUCUUUCUGAAAGUGUCAAACCGAUACAUGGAGGUCAUUAGCAUAUUCUGUAGUUUUGUGAUCUGAUUAAUGCUAUUAAUGUAUUAUCAAACCAUUUGUUUGUGUUCAUGUUCGACU